AUGGCUACAAGCAGUAUGGCAUCUGGAUUUGUGGUGGCACCAAAUUUCACAGCAAAUACAAUAAGUGCACCCAAGAGUGGUAUGCUAUUCUUUUCUUCCAAGAACAACAACAAUUCAAGGCUGGUUGUGAAGGCUGCCGAAGAGGCGGCAGCACCGGCAGCCACCACUGAUCCGCCAGCGGCCGAAGGUGCAAAAGCAGCCAAGCCACCUCCGAUUGGACCCAAGAGGGGCGCAAAGGUGAGAAUUCUCAGGAAGGAGUCCUACUGGUACAAGGGGGUUGGCUCAGUUGUUGCAGUUGACCAGGAUCCCAAGACUAGGUACCCGGUUGUUGUGCGGUUUAACAAAGUGAAUUACGCGAAUGUAUCGACAAACAACUACGCAUUGGACGAAAUCCAGGAAGUCGAAUGA